ACGGAACAAAUCUCUCUUGCGUCUAGGGCGUUGCUUUCUCCAAAGGUUUCUCUCCCAGAUACCCUCCGAUCAACUUGCCCGUAUCGGUUUUCUCCACCUCGCUUCUCCGCUCUCCGGUGUUCUGCAGCACAAAUUUCUGAUAGGGUGAUUAACAGGAAGAUGGAACUGAAUAGUAUUAAAGAUGCUUUUGACCGUGUUGCCAAGAAACAAAAGCUGUCCUGUUCUAAAAGUCAAGAAGUGAUUGACCAGAUUAUCCAAGAAAUUGAGAAGGCAUUAGGGAAAAUACAGCCGUCCCUUUCUGAUUAUAAACAUGUCCUUUCUGAUCUUCGAACCACACUAAAAGAUAUUGCUCCACUCAGUCAGCUGGAGGGUACCCAAAAGGAGCUGAACAUAGCACUAAGCAAGUAUGCAAAGGUUAUUGAGAAAUCUUUCAAUCCAGACAUAGCUAAGGCUUAUCGAAACAUCGAAUUCGAUGUGCACACGGUGAACCAGAUAAUUGCCAUCCAUUUUUAUCGACAGGGUUUUUUUGACAUUGGUGACUGCUUCAUAAGCGAGGCCAGGGAACUAGAAUCUGCUGCUUCUAUAAAAUCCUCAUUUUUGGAAAUGUUUCAGAUACUUGAAGCUAUGAAGCAUUGGAACCUAGAGCCAGCACUGAACUGGGCAGCAAACAACUCUGAUAAACUUAAACAAAAUGGAUCAGACCUUGUUCUGAGACUUCACAGCAUGCAGUUUCUGGAAAUACUGAAGAAGGGAAGUAGAAAUGAAGCUCUGAAGUACGCCAGAAAUCACCUCACUCCCUUCUCUUCCGACCACAUGGCUGAAUUACAGAAGCUCAUGGCCUGUCUUCUCUUCACUGGAAGACUUGAUAGCUCCCCAUACUCUGCAUUAAUAUCGCCAACUAACUGGGAGAAAUUAGCUGAGGAGCUGAGCAAACAGUUCUGCAAUAUUCUUGGGUACUCUUUUGAGAGCCCGUUGAGUGUGACUAUAGCAGCAGGGGUCCAGGGGUUGCCACCUCUUUUGAAGUUUAUGAAUGUGAUGGCAGGGAAGAAGCAGGAAUGGCAAACCAUGAAGCAGUUGCCUGUGCCAGUGGAGUUGGACAAGGAAUUUCAGUUCCAUUCCGUCUUUGUAUGUCCGGUGUCCAAGGAGCAAUCGACUGACGAUAACCCACCAAUGUUGAUGCCUUGUGGCCAUGUGCUGUGCAAGCAAUCAAUUAUGAAGAUGUCGAAGAACAGCACAAAAUCUUUCAAGUGCCCUUACUGUCCAUCCGAUGUUGAAGCAACAAAAUGUAGGCAACUUUAUUUGUGAUGCACACCCCAAUAUGCACAUGAAUCAUGGGGUGGUAUUCCUCUCUUUUUCUCUUCCCCUCCCCCACAACCUCUCUCUCUCUCUCUAUCUCUCUCAUGUACUAAAAUCAUGUUGUGUAGAAACCAGUUGUGUUCAGUAGCGGGAAUGUGUUGUGAUGGUGGCAAAAGUUUACGGUCUAAUGCCUGUUGUUGCAUUGUUGUAAAUAGAUAUUCCUUCACUGUUGGUAAUGAAACUGUCUUCUCAGUCUGAUCAUUUA